AUGUGGAUGCUCUUGGGGCCAGCCGCUGCCCCGGGUCUCGGGAACCUGGGGAGCGGCCACCGGCCCGCGCGUCGCAGAGCUUUGUCGCCAAGGUCCCGGCCUCGGCAGCCGCCCGUUGGCUCUCUCGCCCGCUGGCGCCGCAGGGCCCUGCCCGCAGCCACUGCCUGCCUCCCCCCAGCGCCCACCAGGGGUGACUUGGGUCAAGUUAUCGGUGCCCUGCUGGAAACGGGGGAAAAGAGCCUCGCGGUCGGGUCUGUGGCCGUGCCCAUGCACGGAUCAGGCACUUUGGGCCAGUCGGCCCCACACGCACGCACAGAUUGGUCGGCCUGA